AGUUUGGAGGAUCAAAUACACGUUGAGUUUUGCUCUGCGCCAACUACAACAACAGUCAUUAGUUACAAUAUACAAUACGCGCGCUCUCGCUCUCUCUUUCGCUUGACUCGUGUGUGUGUGUGUGUGCAUCGUGUUGAUUUGGCAUAAAUUGUAAUAAUAUUAAAAUAAAGUGUUGUAAAGAAAACGUCGUUUCCAAGUGAAACGCAGCACGCAGCUGUAAUCGUUUGAACAUUUUUUUGCGUGUGUAGUCGCGCUAACUCCGUUGCUGCCGUCGCCGUCAAAUUGUCGUCGUCGUUGUCAAGUGCGUUCGCUGCAUAAAACUUAAAUUCGUUGCAAUUUUAACUAAAACGAAAGCGUCGUGCAUACAUUUGUGAUAUAUUUUUCCCCUCCUGCACCGCCCCAGACACAAGAGUCCGAGUCCCGUUGCUGUUAAUUUUGUGCAAUUUAUAUGAAAAAGUUUAUUAAUAAUUAGUAACAAAUUAAAAGCCACCAAUACUUGUGCGAGCAAUACACAAGUGAGGUAGAAAUAGCGGAGAAGUAAUUGUGAACGAAACAAGCGUAAAAAUAUACAUAUAACUGUGAUUUUAACAAAACUGGGGUUUUUGUUUUAAAAGUAAUAUAAUUGCAAUAAUUUAAACCUAUCUAAAUAACGCAAACUUGGGAAUAUUUCAGAGACCCUUGAAAUUCGCAAAAAUCAACUCAAAGCUCAUCAGUCAUAAAAGCCUUAUAUUUGGACGGAUAUUGGUUUAAAAGAUCAACGAACGAACUGAUUACAUGCAAGACCAAUAAUCCAAGAAAUCAAAGAGAACGCAGUAGCAGGAAUUUUUUGCGACUGAGCUAGAAAGGAGAAACAGUUGGUGCAGCAUCUGCAAGCAGACGCAACAACUUCGCUGGGCGAAAGUCAAUCAAAAAAACAAAAGCAACGGCAAGUAAAAGAGCCAAACAACCAGUGAGAUAUCGUCGUUAGAGAGCCUGUCUAAUAGACAUAAAAAGAACACAUCCACACACACGCACACACACAUAUAAUCUAGCCUAGCAGCAUGGAACGUGAGUCCAAUCCAAUGCAACCCAUGUGCCGCUCUGGAUGCGGGUUCUAUGGUAAUCCUGCCACAGAUGGUCUCUGCUCGGUUUGCUAUAAGGACUCGCUUAGAAAAAAGCAACAGCCACCCGUGAGCAGCACACCUGUCUCAGUUCCAAGCCCACAACCUAGCCCUACAUUCAGUCCGGCCAUUGCAAUCACUAACACCGCACAGCCCACAGUGCAGAGCUUACAACAGCCACACAACGACGUAAAAGAGAAAAUCACCGAAGAAGCUGCCGCUGCUGCCAAAACUAAUAGCGAAGUCAUCACAUCGGCGUCUGGUCCUAACACUUCCUCACAAGCCCCAGCCUCCACCAAUGAGGAAGAGAAAGACAAGGAAGAUGAUAAAGAUGCCAAAAAGAAGAAGAACAGAUGUGGCGAAUGUCGUAAGAAGGUUGGGCUGACCGGUUUUCAGUGUCGUUGCGGCGGUUUGUACUGCGCUGUGCAUCGCUAUUCCGAUAAACACAAUUGCACAUUCGACUAUAGAGAGCAUGGUGCACAGGAGAUACGACGCAAUAAUCCUGUUGUAGUUGGCGAGAAGAUUCAAAAGAUUUGAAUUUGAUAUUGUGCCAGUAACAGUAACAUAAUAAUACACAUACACAUAAUAAUAGUAUAUACAUCAAAACAUACGCUACGCUAUAACAACAACAACAACAACAACAACAAAAACACACACACUCACACGAGAACACAAUACAUAAUACCAUCAAUAUAAAUAUAAAUUGUCAUGUAAUUAUAAUGUAAAACAACAACCACAAAAGCAACAACAAACACUCACACACAAUAGUACAGAAGCCAUAACCAAAAAACCCGAAAGGCAAUAGCAAGGACAGCAACACAAAUAAUUACAGGUACAGGUACAGCUACACAACAACCAACCAACCAAUCAACCAAGCAACCAACCAGUACAGUAAAUUCAACAACAGACCAACAACUACUUCUGCAACAACAACUUCAUCAAAUAGAACAACUCCAACAUCCACACUGCGCACUCAACAAGCAACAGCAGCUCCAACAACUUUUCAACUACAACGAGAAAGUGGGGAUGACGGCGACAACUGCAACAACAUCGGCAACAAUCAUUUUGGCAGCAGCUGCGCAGCAACAACAUCAUCAUCUGUGGCAGCAGCAGCAGCAUCAGUCAAUCAAUCGGCUGCGGUAUCACUAGCAGUAUCAACAAAAACAGCAACAGCAGCAGCAGCAGAAGCGCGACCAAAGGCAGAGGCCAAGAAUGUGUUGCCUCUUACAAUAAGAUAAGGAGUAGCAGCAACGCCAACAACUUUAACCAGACGCGUAACAGCGUUAGUCAGACCAGAAGGAGCAGCAACCAGUCAGUCAGAUAGGAGACGCAGCCUGCCGCCUUUCUUUCUGUGAUUUGGACGCGCGUGUCCUUUUUAAUUUGCCAACGCCCACUGGCCCAAUGGCGGCUGCCUGGCAGUUACUACACUCAUCCCAACCCUUUGGUGAUCAAAACAACAACACGAAAUUUUUUGUAUGCAAAAAAUGAGAACAAACACCGCAACCAAGCACCGAACGCUAAAAUUGUAAUGCUAAAUUUUGUAGUAGACAAUGUGUAAAUUUGUUUUUGUACGUUGAGUGUGUAAAAAGCAAAGUAAAAGAACAACAACAAAAGGAAGCCCCAACUAUUUCUUAAUUCUUAAUUAUCAGCUACAACAUAAUAUACAUAUUAUAUAUAUAUAUAGAAUUAAUUAUGUAUUAAAAGGAAACAAAUUUUGCAAAAUUAACGCGAAAGAAAAAAGCAACACAAAAAAAAUGUAAAAAAUGUCAACAAAAGAAAAUCUAAAAAAAAAACAACAAACAAAACAAAACAAAAAAAUCGAACGUCUAGCGCUCCUUACUUUUUUUCAUUGCUAAACAAAAUUAACGACCACACACACACACACUAAAUUCACAAAACUAGAAGAGAAGCAGCGCGAUUAAUUUUUAAAGCAACUGGAGCAAAAUUAAAAGGCAAAAUUCUAUCUGUAUGUAAUAUUAUUAACUAGUAAACCAACAAGGCAGGCAAAAGGCAAACAAUGUAAGCAGUGCGAAAAGUGCGUUUUAAAUAUACUUAGUUUUAUUUUUGCCUCAAUCUAUAAAGUGAAAAUCUAAAACGAGAAAAAACCACAACAAACAUGUUAACAUUUUACACAAAAUUGAAUUGAUUUUGAUUUUAAUUAAUUAUAUUAUAAAUAUGCAUAUAAGUGAGUGAUGAUGUAAUGAUGCGUCGACGUGGCGCUCACAUUUACACACUUCAAUAUAGUUUGUCCGGGUAUAUGCACAUCAAUCAUUUUAUGCUAUAUAUACAUAUGUAUAUGGUAACUAGAGGAAAAACUGAGAACCAUAAAAAACACUGAAAAAUGGCAAAAAAAAAAAAAGAGAGAUAUAAUGUUCGUCUGUAGGUUUUUAUUGCUGUAAGCGUUAUUUAGUUUUUCUUUGUUUAUAUUACAACAACAAACCUUUCGAUUUUUGCUUUCUUUUCCAUUUUUUUUAGCAAUUAGAUCUUUAUCAAAACAAACUACAUCUAUGCAUAGUAUAAUAAAUUUCGUUGUUAACAUUAAACAUUAAAAAAAAUUACAAGGAAAUAUAUGCAAUACAUUUUUAUUCUAAAAUUGAAGCAAAAAAUAUGCAGAACGCGGACUUGGCGCAAUUUACAUAAAAUUUUAAGCAACCUUUACUCGCAGGAUCAGCAAAUAAACAACACAAACACAACAUAACACUAUUCUACAUCUAACAAAGCGUACACCAAACAUCUGACAGACACCACCCACCCACCUCUUUUACAAACUCGCGACAAAGACGGACCCACAUCAGCUUUUGCCUAUAACUCGAUUCUCGUUCGUAUUCUGAUCUUAGUUCGCGUUAAUCCCAUUUGAGGCCUUUUCUAGAUGUUCACUGCUAGUAUCUAAUAAACUGUCCACUAGAAGCUCAAGCCGUUGAGCAUUUGCAAUGUGCCACCCGCAUGUGGACAAUAGUAAUAUUGAAAUGGACUGAUCGGACAGAAUUGCACACACACACACACACACGCACGCAGGCAGGCAGGCAGGCAGGCAGGCACGCACAUCUAUGCCACCGCAGUCACUUUGAAGUUGCAGCAUUGCAGGAAGUAGACAGAGAGUCGAGCACAACAAUUAACAAUAACAAACAGAAAUGUUUGAAGGCAAUUCAGAUUGUACAAAAAUCGCAGAUAUUUUUGUAACUAGCAACAGAAAAGCAAUGAGAAGGAGCAUGUUAACAUAAAGUAUAUAUUAUAAAUAAUAAAAAACAUUGUAUAAAUUAACUUUAUAAGCAGCAGUGUAAAAAAGCGUGACCAUGUUUUUGCAAAGAGAUAGGAGAAAUGUUUAAAUGAACUGCAGGCUUCCAAAACACAAGCAGCACACAGCCACACACACACACACACAGUUACAGUUACAUGCAUAAAAACAAGAACAGCAAAAAUGUCAUUUAUUUUAAUAAUAUUAACGCUACUUUUAGUUGACUUUAAAUUUAACUCUGACUCUAAAUAACAAUUCUAUGAAAAGUGGAAAACAACGUACAUAGUAUAUAUGCAUACAUAUACCAUAAUUUAACACUACAAUUAAUUAGUAAAAUUUUAUGCGUACACAAAUGAAAUGAUAAUGAAAUUGAAGAAAAAGAAACAAACGUAUUAAAAAUGAUAUAAAUCGAAAAAUGAUAAUACAUUCAUCAGUGGGAAAACGAAUAAAUAAAUGCAUACACUUUUCGCGUAUUUCAAACAAAUAAGCAAGCGCAGAAGAGGGCCUUGGCACGUAGCUGCAUAUAUACUCGUAUAUCCUAUUCCGAACAGUGAUCUUAGCCGAUAGUAGAAAACUUGUUCUUCGUUUAUAACCUUUAAUUCCUUUAAAUUAACGAUCGGAUAAGAUGAAUGCACAACUCAUCACGACCUUUGCUGUAAAUCACAAGUUGGACCAUGCCCCGCAAAUUGUAGAACAGUUCAGUAUUUUAGACUCUACAUACAUAUAUGUAUAUAUAUAUAUAUAUAUGUAUAUAUAUAGUGUGUGUAUGUAUGUGCUUUUAUAAAUUAAAAAUAUUUACCUGCGAUUGGCGACGCAAUGUGCAGCCUUCGAUUUGUAAGGAAGUAAGGAAGGAAUAGAAUGCAACUACGUGGUUUUGGAUAGAAGUUUUUUUUUCUGCAAAUGCCUAACAGAUCAGCCGAGUAAUAUGAGAUAUUGAACACAAAUUUUGGAAAAGUUUUUGCAAAUUGCGUUUAGCCGCUAACUACAUGCAUAUGCAUAUAAUAAUGUGUUUUUAGCUGUAAUUAUAGUUUAUCUAUUAUUUUUAAAUAUAAUUAAAAAUGCUUUAGUGUGCUUUUAGUUGAAAUUGUGUUUAUAAUUAUACAUAUGUUUAUCGAUGUAAAGCGGAGUGAAAUGGCAAAUAAUAUUUUAAUUCAACAUCAAGUUUUAGUUCUCGUUGAACAAUUUUUGUUGCGUGCACUUCUUAGUCAUCCUUCCUUGAAUCACAAGACAAACUCAACCCUCCUGACAACUCUCUCAUUUGUCUGCUGGUACCACCACUAUAUCUGCCCAACUCUCUUUUUCUCCCUAAUUUCUUAUCUAAGUACCAAUUACUAAAUAAGUUAGUCUUGACGUUUAGUUUUGGGGUAAAUAAAAAAAACUUGCUUUAUGUUUGCAAUAAACUGAAAAAUAUGAUGAUGGGAGAAAGAACACGAAAUUACGUAGCUUAUAAAUCGUAUGAAUGGAUAUAUUGAUUAUGAAUGCAUAAAUAUCUAUAUAUUACUAUAUAUAUAAAUAUUAUACUAAUGUCUAGUUUAAGGAGUAAGAUUUCUGCAACAAAAAGUGAAAAUACAAAUAUUUAAUGACAAAAUGGUAAUGCUAGUUUAAAUCUAAAUAGAAAUAUAUUGAUAUACAUACCUAUGUAAACGAUAUGUAUGGGCAACCGAUAUGGAAAGGGCAUAUUAGAGCAACAACUAUUUUAACUAACUUUAGCAAGGUGUAACAACAACAACCAACAAAUACAAUAAAAAACAUUACUUAAACAAAACAGAAACGAAGAAGGAAACAAAUCAAGCAAACAUAAACAACGUCGAACAGAAGAAAACUCAAUUGCAAAAUUUAUAUAAAUAGUUGAAAAAAUGUUGAAUAAAAGGCAAUUAAACAAUUUUCAAAAUCAAA